UCCUCCACCAUGUUCUCUCCUCCGCCGGCGCUCCUCCUCUUCCUCUCCUCUCCUUCAUCCCUCCUGCUCGCUGCGGUUGCCGUGGCGGCCGCUCUCCUCCUGGCGAGGCUCUGUCUCGGUUCCUCCUCCUCCUCCUCCUCCUCGUCCUCCUCCUCCUCCUCCUCCUCCUCGUCCUCCCUGCCCUGCCUGCCGCGGCUCCCCGUCCUGGGCAGCCUCCCCUGGCUGGGCGGAGGUCUUCCUCCUCACCUCCUCUUCACCCGGCUGGCUCACAGCCUGGGGCCCCUCUUCUCUCUGUAUCUCGGCCCUCACUUCACAGUCGUGGUGAACGACCACCGACACGCCAAAGAGGUCCUGCUGCAGAGAGGGAGAGAGUUCGCCGGGCGACCAAGCAUGGUGACCACCGACCUGCUGACCCGCGGCGGCCGCGACAUCGCCUUCGCCGACUACUCUCCUCUGUGGAAGUUUCACCGCCGCCUCGUCCACAGCUCCUUCACGCUGUUCGGGGAGGGAAGCAGCCGCCUGCAGGACAUCGUUCUGUCGUCAGUCGACAGCCUGUGCGCUGAGCUGUUGUCCAGCAGGGGGCGGAGCUUUGACCCGUCUCCCGCGGUAACCAGAGCCGUCACCAACGUGGUAUGCACGCUGGUGUUCAGCGCCACCUAUCGCCACGGCGACCCCGAGCUGCAGGAAGUGAUGCGGUACAACGACGGCAUCGUGCAGACGAUUGCCAGGGGAGGGCUGGUGGACAUUUACCCCUGGAUGAGGUUCUUUCCUAACAGAUCUCUCAGUAAACUGAAGGAGAGUAUCGCUGUGAGAGACCGACUGCUGACACGCAAACUGGAGGAGCACAAGGCGUCGCUGAGUGACGGUGACCCCCGUGACCUCCUAGACGCCCUGCUGCAGGGCCGGAGGGGCGGUGGUGGCGGUGGGAGGGGUCGAAGGUCGUCGGAGGACGACAGCAUCACGGACGACCACGUGCUGAUGACCGCCGCCGAGGCGUUUGGUGCCGGAGUGGAGACGACCUCCACCAGCCUGCUGUGGAUCCUGGCCUACCUGCUGCACCACCCCGAGGUGCAGGAGCGCGUGCAGAGCGAGCUGGACGAGUGUGUGGGCAGCGGCCGGGCGGUGUGUGUGUCCGACCGCGCCCGCCUGCCCUACCUGGAGUGUGUGAUCAACGAGGGGAUGAGGAUCCGCCCCGUCAGCCCCGUGCUGAUCCCACACACCGCUCUGACCGACAGCAGUAUCGGAGGUCACUCUAUCAGCCGUGGGACUCGUGUUCUGGUCAACAUGUGGUCGAUUCACCACGACCCCAAACACUGGGACAAACCUGACCUGUUCAACCCGGACCGUUUCCUUGACAACCAGGGCCAGCGAGCCACUCCCUCCUGCUUCCUGCCGUUCGGGGCGGGGCCUCGCGUCUGCGUGGGCGAGUCGCUCGCCCGCCUCGAGCUCUUCCUCUUCCUCGCCUCUCUGCUGCAGCGCAUGAGCUUCCGCCUGCCGCACGGGGCUCCCCCGCCCGACCUGCAGGGGCGGCUGGGCGUGGUCCUGCAGCCGCUGCCUUAUAAGGUCGUGGUCACUCCCAGGCCGGGGUGGGAGGGCGGGGCUACACAGGAGGGGGCGGAGCCUCUCCUCUGA